AUGGCUUCAUAUGAACCUCAAUUGCAAAAUUUAUCUUUAGGUAGAUCAAUUUCAAAUUCUUCGUCAGUUCAAAGUUUAAAACAUGGAUAUAUUGAUAAACCCUUCCUGGGUAAGAAAGAUCAGUAUGAACAAGUUUUAGAUAUCUUGGAUAGUACGGGAUUCAUACCCGAAUCCCUAAUUGAACUGGAAACACGUUGGUUUUAUGAAUCUUUAGGUAUUGAUGAUGUUUUUUUCGCUAGAGAAAGUCCAGAAGGUAUUGCUAAUCACAUCCAUUCCCUUUACUCAUGUAAAGUUCAAGCUUACUCUACUAAUAUCUUGGAUCAACCGUUAAUCCAAUAUAAAAGAGAAGGUGAUGAUCACGCAGUAUUUUUCGAAACUUCUUUAAGUCAUCCAAAUGAUAAAUUAUCAAAUGAUGUUAGUGCUAAUUUGAAAAAUAGAUUUGAAGAAAGAAUCGACGAUAAAUAUAUUGAUCCUUCUUUUUAUAAAACGUCAAGUUAUCGUCAAGAAUAUUUCAGUGCUCCUCUCAAUUUUAAAUCUGAUCCAAUUUUAUCAGGAGUUGCAGAAAAAAAUCCGGCCAUAUUACAAAAUCAAUUAGUAAAAUGCUAUUUUGUUUAUAAAAAUCAUUUUCAAGAAGAAUCUAAUCCAAAUGAAACUGAUAUAAAUAAACUUGGUGAUUCUACUUUUUUGAAAAUUGCUUCUGAAAAUACUAAAAAAUUAUAUUCUGAAAUCAUUAAUAAUGUUUUGAAAACUACUGGUCCAGUCAUUAAACAUUUCCCAAUUGAAGAUCUGGAAGAAUAUCGUGUUGUUAUUGGGUUUAGACAGAAAACUUCUACCCGUUAUAAUUCGGCUUUAAGUGAUUUAGCUAAUUAUUAUAAAUUACAAACAACUCGUAAAUACGUUGAACAAUUUUCAAAUGGUAUCACCAUUAUUUCAAUGUAUGUUACUUCAAGUCCAAAUAAUCAAAAAUUAAAUCCAGUUGAUUUAUCAAUUUAUCAAGUUAUUAAAGAAGCUAGUUUAUUAUAUUGUAUUCCUCAUAAUUAUUUCCAUGAUCGUUUUAUCAAUGGUGAUUUAUCUUUACAAGAAUCUAUUUAUGCUCAAUGUGGGGUUGUUUUUGUAACUCAUUUCUUGAAUAGAUUGGGUCCAGAAUAUAAUAAGUUAACUUCUUUAUUAGAUGCUUCAAAAUCAAUUCAACAUGCUGAAGUCUUGAAUAAUUUAAAGAAGAGACUUAGAGCUGAAACUUAUACUCAAAAUUAUAUUCAAGAAGUUUUCAAUUCAAAAAGUGAUAUUGUUCGUAAAUUAUAUCGUCAAUUUGCUGAUACUCAUUAUAUUCGUUCUUCAAUGGAGAAAACUUUAUCUUAUCAAAGAUUAUCUCAAAUUACUCCAGUUGGUAAUGAUGAAGAAUUUGAAAAAUUAUUGAGUAGAGAAUGUUCUCAAAAUGAACAUCAAAUAUUCGUUUUAAGAGCUUUAUAUUAUUUUAAUAAGUCAAUCUUGAAAACUAAUUUUUUUGUUUCAACUAAAGUUGCUAUAUCUUUUAGAUUAAAUCCUUCAUUUUUACCUUUGAGUGAAUACCCUGAAACUCCUUUUGGUAUGUUUUUCGUUGUUGGUAAUGAUUUCCGUGGGUUCCAUAUUAGAUUCAGAGAUAUCGCUAGAGGUGGUAUUAGAAUUGUUAAAUCAAGAUCCUUAGAUGCUUAUAAUGUUAAUGUUCGUAAUUUAUUUGAUGAAAAUUAUAAUUUAGCUUCUACUCAACAAAGGAAAAAUAAAGAUAUUCCUGAAGGUGGUUCUAAAGGGGUUAUUUUAUUAGACCCCGGUAUUGCUCAAGAAAGACCAAGACAAUGUUUCGAAAAAUAUAUUGAUUCUUUAAUUGAUCUAUUAUUAAAACAAUAUAUUCCUGGUGUUAAAGAUAGCUAUGUUGAUUUAUAUAAUAAACAAGAAAUUUUAUUCUUGGGUCCUGAUGAAGGUACUGCUGGUUAUGUUGAUUGGGCAACUAACCAUGCUAGAUCAAGAGGUGCUCCAUGGUGGAGAUCCUUCUUAACUGGUAAAUCUCCUCAAUUAGGUGGUAUUCCUCAUGAUGAAUAUGGUAUGACUUCAUUAUCGGUUAGAGCUUAUGUUAAUAAAAUUUACGAAAAUUUAAAUUUGGAAUCAAGACCAAUCAGAAAAUUACAAACUGGUGGUCCAGAUGGUGAUUUAGGAAGUAAUGAAAUUAAAUUAAGUACUCCUAAUGAAGUUUAUGUUGCAAUUGUUGAUGGUUCAGGUGUAAUUGUUGAUCCUCAAGGUUUAAAUAAGGAUGAAUUAUUAAGAUUAGCUGAUCAAAGAAAAAUGAUUGACCACUUUGAUUCGAAAUUAUUGUCACCUCAAGGUUUCCGUGUUUUGGUGGAUGACGUUGAUGUUAAAAUACCAAAUGGUGAAAUCAUUACUAGUGGGGUUGCUUUUAGAAAUGGUUUCCAUAUUAACUUUAAAGAUGUUUUGAAUGAUGAAAAUGGUGGUGGAAUUGACUUAUUUGUUCCAUGUGGUGGUAGACCAGGUGCCAUUGAUACUAAUAAUGUCUAUGACUUAAUUAAUCCUAAGACAGGUAAAUCAAUCAUUCCUUACUUUGUUGAAGGUGCUAACUUAUUCAUUACUCAAUCUGCCAAAUUGGUUUUAGAAAACGCUGGUACCAUAAUUUUUAAAGAUGCUUCAACUAAUAAGGGUGGUGUUACAUCUUCUUCAUUAGAAGUCUUGGCUGCAUUGGCCUUUGAUGAUAAUGGAUUCUUAUCCAAUAUGUGUGUUGAUGAAAAAACUGGUGCUAAACCAAAAUUAUACCAAGAUUAUGUUAAAAAUUGUCAACGUAUUAUUGUUAAGAAUGCUCAAUCUGAAUUCCAAAGUUUAUGGGACUUAAAGAAGGUCACUGGGGUCCCAAUUACUGAAUUAUCUGACAAAUUAUCAGUUACAAUCAAUAGAUUAGCUGAUGAAUUAGCUAAUUCAAAAGAAUUAUGGAAUGACGAUGUUGAAUUUAGAAAUGCCGUUUUAUUAGAUUCCUUACCUUCAUUGUUACUCGAUGUUAUUGGUAUAGAUCAAAUUUUAUUAAGAGUUCCUCAACCUUAUUUAAAAGCCUUAUUUGCAACCCGUUUAGCUUCAACAUUUGUUUAUUCUAGAGGUAUUGAUUCAAAUCCUGCCAAAUUCUUGGAAUUCAUCAGUUCUAUCAGAAAACAAUAUGUUCAAAAAGGUUUACUUAAAUAA